AUGCCGAAUCAAGUUAUUAAUAUUACUGAUUUAAGCUGCCGCGUUUGUCUGGAGACAAACGAGGGCGCCUUGCGUCUGAACGAUGAGAUUCAGUACAAUGAGCUAAACUUUGAGUUGUGGCAAUUACUGGAAACAGUCUCCAAAGUGAAGUGCACCUGGAACGAAGCAGAUAUGCCGACCCGCUUGUGUCAGAAUUGUACCCGCCGCUUGAUAGCCGCUUAUGAUUUUAUACUCGAUGUGGAAAACGCACAGCACACGCUGCAGCAAGUGGCUGUGAUGAAGGAACGGGAGGAAAUCCAUUUGGAGGUUCUCGAAUUGGGUAGCCAGGAUGAUUUUUUGCCCGUCAUCUGUGACAAUGAGGAGAUGGCUGUGGCUGUUUCUGUCACGGCGGAUGCGGAGCAUGCUGCUGAAGCUGUGGUGGGAGUGCCGUUUUCAGAAGCAGAAGCGAUUAUCGAGCCGGUCUAUGAAACAGACCAUCUAGAAGAAUUGGAGACUGAAAUACCAUUUGAGGGCGAUGACUUGGAUGUUACACAAAAUGUGGAUGAAGAAAAUAUGGAUGUAAAAGAGGAGAAAGAGCAGGAACCUCCCUUCGUGGCAAACUCACGACCCUCGCAGCUGGGCAGUCGGCUAACAAACUCACAGAACUUCAUCUUUAAGUGUUCCAUUUGUCCGCGUGUAUUCGCCAAAAAUGACUCGCUCGCCCGGCACAUCGCCAUUGCCCACAGUCUGACCGCGGACGAGGCCGCCCAGGAGCUGGCAAACGAAAGCAGUGGACGCGGCGUGCUGACUUGCAAGUACUGUCCACGCAUUUUGAAACGCCAGGACACAUUGCGUCGUCACAUGCAGGCAUUCCAUCCAGAGGAAGCGGCCAAAGAUGCAACGGAGUCAGCUGCCAGCUCCACGCGGAAACGCACCGCAAAGCGUCGUGAGUGCCCGCACUGUGGCAUUAGUUUUCCCACCUCCAGCCUGACCAUCCAUAUACGCAGGCACACUGGCGAGAAUCCGUACAAAUGCGACCAGUGCGAGAGGGCCUUUCCGCGCAGCCAGGACCUCAGCUUACACAUGCGUCAGCACACGGGCGAAAGACCCAACGAAUGUAAAAUCUGCUCAAAGAAAUUCAUAUCCCAGAACAAGCUGGCCAGACACAUGCGCCUGCACACGGGCCAGCGUCCGUAUGCCUGCGUUAAGUGUGACAAGAGUUUCGUGCAAUCCAACGACCUGAAGAUCCACAUGCGCCGUCACACGGGCGAGCGUCCGUACAAGUGUAAUGUAUGCGGGGAUAGUUUUGUCUCUGGCUCCCUACUGAACGUCCAUCGGAAUCAAAAAGGUCACCACAUGGCAACAUGUGCAAGCCCGAGCGCCGGUGGUACCACUGACGAUCCGUAUUUAAAUUCUCGUGUUAACAAUCGUCGAGCUGAGGACAUAGAACGUAUGCGGCGGAAACGAGAUUAUGAGGAUCGACUUAACCAACCACAAGCCGCGCCCUCGCAGCCCCUGACACCGUCGCCAAAACAGUAUUCCCAUCCGGAGAAGCCCCUGAUCUACAAGUGUGGCGUCUGUGAGUGGACUUUCAAGAGCGGUGCCUGCCUAACCAUUCAUCGAAACAACAUGUCCCACUACGAGCUCGGCAAGGUCGACUACGGUGAUCCCUUUUCAAAGAUGGUCAAAAGGCAUAGUUAAAUACAAAAUUGGGGAUUUACUUUAAAAUUAAAAAGUUAAGUUAUUAAGUUAUUAGCAUUGACGGGCCUGGGAAUAUUUAUUUUAUAUGUUAACCUACAAGAUGUUGGUUGUAUUUUGUUUAAUUCCACAAAUUGUUUUAAGCCUUGAUUAAUAUCUUUU